AUGGACGCCGAAAAUCACCGUCUGCAGACAGAGCUCGAACACACCAAGUGGGAGGUGGAUUCUCUGCUGCAAGAGCGAAACCAAUGGAAGCACAAGUUCCAGCAUUCACAGCAGGAACUUUUCCAAAUGAACGGAUCCUGCGCGCGAAACAACCGCGAGAUGAAGUUACUGCAGGAGGAAAAUGACGAGAUGAAACAGCAACUCGCAAUCAAGGAUGGGAAAAUCCAAAAUGUGACCAAGAUCAUCACCCGUCUUGAAGAGCAAGUGAAAUCGGAGCAAAGCCAGUUCAAUGCUUUGUACUUCAACUACCAUGAAACGCUUCUCAAGACGACCCAGGCUGCAGGCCCAACCCACGACGACUUCGAGGAGAUGCAGACACAACUCGACUGCCUACGGGCAGAGAAUGCGACCUUGAUGGCCAUCUCGCAUCCCAAGGAAUCUUGCCAAGAGUUCGGCACCCGAGCAAUGCAUCAAGUAGAAGAUGCGAAGCAGCUCCAGGCCGCGGCAGAGGCAGAAGCAGAAGCCCUUCGAUACCUGCAGACCCAGAAUGACUUGCUCCAACAGCAGCACAAUGAGGACUCUCAGCGUAUCGAAGACCUGGUGCUAGAGAAUGUGCAGCUGCUGUCUGACAUGGCUAGAUCCGCUGACCCAUCUCGCGUUGCUUUCGAGGACGCUGUUCACGACGCUGGCCAGUCUCUAGAGGCUGAGCUUGGAGGCCAAGGCGAUUCUCCGUCGACGAUUCACAGCCCCAAGUUUGCUCCGUUGUCGUCAGAGCCCACACCGCCAGCAUUUUAUGGCCGUGCUAGCUCAGCCUUGGUGGCACAGACUGCUCGCGGCAUGGCAGCAAGCCCAGCAAACUUGGCCACUCCCGUUGAAAAAACGCGAGUCAUUCUGUCUCUCUCAAGCGUGAAGCCCGUAGUCUCACUACCCCCCGUCUUUCCCACCGCCGCAUCACGUCUCUCCCUAGCCUUGUCCCCCAUCAAACACAUGCUCCACCACGCACCAGCCCGCAAACCCCCCACCAUUCACCUAACCCUCUCAAAACCCCAUUCCCUAUCCACCACCCCCCGCCAUCCCCCCACCACUAAACCCAACAUCGCACUCACAAUCCACAUCAAACCAAGUGACCACAAAGCCCUCUCCCUCCUCUCCCGCGUCCACUCCGUCAUCUCCAAGACCUCGCGCCUCGAGGUCCAAGGACCCACCGCACACGUCGACGCCUUUGUCAAGGCGUUGCAGAGUGCAGAGGCGGAGAUGCAACAGCUCGCGGUGUCGGCUAGGCAUUGGGAGAAGGUUGCGCGCGAUGCAGGUGUGCGGGAUCGUGGGGGGUGUGGGGAUAAGGGGCAUCGUGGGUUGAGGGAUGAGUUGGCGGCGAAGGGGGCGCAGGUUAGGAUGUUGGAGGGGUUAUUGGAGGAGUGGAGGGGCAAGGGGGAGUAG